CCCCCCCACUUUUACACACACACACACACACACUGCCACAUAACAUAACUCCCUCCUCUCUCUUUUCUACAAACUCUCCUCACCUCCUCAGCCCCCAUACCAAACCAAACCCAUUAUUAUUUCUCUCACUACCCCCCUUCCCAUCUUCUUUUCUCUCUCUACAAUCACCUCCUCUCGUCCAUGGCUUCCACGCGCGAGGGCCACUACAGGGGGGUGAGGAAGCGUCCAUGGGGCCGUUACGCCGCCGAGAUACGCGACCCCUGGAAGAAAACACGUGUUUGGUUGGGCACUUUCGACACCCCUGAGGAGGCUGCCUUAGCCUACGACGGCGCCGCCAGAUCCCUCCGCGGCGCCAAGGCCAAGACCAACUUCCCAGCGCCUGCAUCGGGACUGUCCCUUGACCUCAACCUGCCGUCCGACCACCGGUGGAUUGCGCCGUCCGGCAGACUCGUGAUCAACGACUUCCUCCACACCGGGGUGCUCAAAGAUGUGAAUCCUCAGGGCAAUGGCGGCCAGGUGCCUGCCACCGCCGGAGCUCCAGUGGCUGAGGCAGACGCUCCGGCGAAGUAUUUUGGGAUUGUGAAGCGCGGGUUGCCUAUAGACUUGAAUGAACCUCCGCCUCUCUGGAUGUAGGCAUUCUCCUUUUUCUUUUUUUGGGCUCAGCUGGCUGGGUAUCGCUAGGUUACGAUUUUCUUAGCAAGUCCUCAUGAUGUUAAUGGUUUUGGACAAACGGAGAUUUUCUUAACUUAGCAAAAGUCGUUGUGAUCAGACGAAAUAUCACAUCGCUUGUACAUAUUUGGUUUCCGAGGUUCUUAUUACUAUGAUAAUUAUCAUGAGACUGAAUUACCGGAGUUGUGUUCCGGAGAAUGCCCUUUUUCUCCUUUAAUGAAUGGCGUAAAAUUUUUCACUACA